GCCAAUCCCAUAUCGUACCGCCCCGCCGCAUGCUGUAGCUGCAGCAGGAAAUCUAAAAUCAUAAGCCUCAUAUAGGCCUCAUAGCCCGUCCCAAUGUCCUCGCCUUGGGGGUUCUCUCUCUCUUUUGAUAUUCUCGCUAGAGUAGGUAGAAAACACCCAGGGACGUGUUCUGAAAACUCCAAUCUUGAAUAUGGUGGCCCGAAGCUUGCUCGCUCUCUGCCUCGCGGCCGUUGCUGCAGCACACGGCGAUCACGGCGAGCAGAAGAUCAUAGCCGGCCCCCUCCAGUCGCUGUGGUACAACAGGCUGCCCGGAGACGGAGGCACCCAGGCUGAUUCCGUCUUCUCUGGAAUAUCAACCUUUGGCCGCCUCCCUUACUUGCCAUGCCUCUCGCACAAGGAUAUCACAUACGACAUUGCCUUCAUUGGCGCCCCGUUUGACACGGGCACGUCAUACAGGCCAGGUGCCCGGUUCGGCCCUUCGGGAAUCCGGCAGGGGUCCCGGCGUCUCAACCUCUACGGAGGGUACAACGUGCCCCUCGAGACGAACCCUUUCAACAGCUGGGCCACUGUCAUCGACUGUGGCGACAUUCCGGUGACCUCGUACGACAAUACGUAUGCGCUCCACCAGAUCGAAGAGGGCCACUACAGCAUCCUGUCGAGAUCGCCCGCUACGGACGCGGACAAGAAGGGCCCCUCGCUGCAGGGCAAGACGCUGCCUAGGGUCAUCACGCUCGGCGGAGACCACACCAUCACGCUCCCGCUGCUGCGGUCCAUCAACCGCGCGUACGGCCCGGUUACGGUGAUUCAUUUCGACAGCCAUCUUGACACAUGGCGGCCCAAGGUGUUCGGCGGCUCGCCGUCCGAGGUGGCCAGCGUCAACCACGGCACGUACUUCUACCACGCGGCGCAGGAGGGGCUGCUGCGCAACGACUCCAACAUCCACGCGGGCAUCCGCACGACGCUCAGCGGACCCAGCGACUACGAGAACGACGGGUACUGUGGCUUCGAGAUUGUCGAGGCCCGCGAGAUCGACACCAUCGGCACCGACGGCAUCAUCAAGAAGAUCCGCGACCGCGUCGGCACCGAGAAUCCCGUCUACCUGUCGCUCGACAUUGACACGCUGGACCCGGCCUUUGCCCCGGCAACCGGCACCCCUGAGACUGGCGGCUGGUCGACGCGAGAGCUCCGGACGAUCCUGAGAGGGCUCGACGGCAUCAAUCUGGUUGCGGCUGACAUUGUCGAGGUUGCCCCCGCAUACGACACCAACGCCGAGCUCACGACCAUGGCCGCCGCCGACGCCCUGUACGAAAUCAUGAGUAUCAUGGUCAAGAAGGGACCCCUCAGCGGGCUUGAGGUUGAGGCCGGCGAUGAUCUCUAGGAUAGCUGGCAGGCAAGUAGGCAAUAAAUGAGCGGGCGAGCUGGUCGGUUGGGACUGGCGACAAGGAUUUUUUCACGUGCGGACGUGGGAAAGGCGGGUUUUGUGUCUUCCUGUGUAGGCGGUUUGCAAAUAUCGCUUUUUACUCGAGGCUUUGAGAGCGAGUUCGCGUGAUUCUCAAGGUAUUUGCGGAGUGUGGAGGUAGUCAUGAGGUUUGAGUGGU